GUCAACCACGUAUUUUUUAUUUUAAGGUAUCAUCUGGGUUCGGUGGCGUUUGGUUCUCUGUUAAUUACCAUAGUCAAGAUGAUUCGGCUGCUUCUGGAAUACAUAGAAAGCAAGCUGAAAAAAUAUGAAGAAGCGUACAAGUGCGCUAAAGUUUGUAUGUGUCUAUGCAAGUGCUGCUUUUGGUGUAUAGAAAAAUUUAUGAAAUUUAUUAAUAAAAAUGCCUAUAUAAUGAUAGCUGUGUAUGGAGAGAAUUUUUGCACUUCUGCCAAAGAUGCCUUUAAUCUUAUUAUGAGAAAUAUUUUAAGAACAGUUGUUUUGGAUAAAGCUGCAGAUUUCCUGCUACUGAUUGGCAAGUUAGUGGUUGUUGGAGCAACAGGUGUUCUGUCCUUCUAUUUUUUCAGUGGAAAAAUAAGUAUUUUUGGCUAUCGCACACCAGAACUCAACUACUACAUCAUUCCUGUGAUUAUCGUAACAUUUGGCUCAUUUGUGAUAGCGACAGUAUUUUUUGAUGUGUACAGUAUGGCUGUGGACACUCUUUUCCUUUGCUUCUUGGAAGACUGUGAGAGGAACGAUGGAUCUCCGGAACGUCCGUACUACAUGCCGAAGCGGCUGAUGAAAGUCCUCGGAAAGCAGAAUUUAAAAGAAGCAUAGUCGCCAGACAAUAAUUUUUUUUCUGAAAGAAAACAGGAAAUUAUGAACACGAUUUUGUUGAUUUAAUCAAAAAGAUUGUAUUGUUUCAUUUUUAUGAUUUUAACGGACAUUUUAUAAUUACUGUGACAACUUUUAUCUCUACCUCUUAAAUCCAAAGAUAAAAUUAUAUAUAAAUGUUUACCAGUAUGUAUGCGUAUGUGUACCUGUUACAAAAUCAUUGUAUUUUUAAGAAUUUAUCAUUUACAAUUUCCAAUUAUUAAAGUUUUUUAAAAUACACAUUACUACAGAAAUGUUACAUUUGUAUUUAAGUAUAUAUAUGUCUUGAAGUUUGUAACCAUGACUAUUGGCCUGUUGCUCUGAAGGACUUGGAGCAACAGGCUAAUAGUCUGGGUGGAGAACCUCUGGAAUUAUUU